UGUCUCCAUCUUCUUUCUGCUGCUUGAGUGCUUUGGUUACAAUGUUGGCGUGGGUGGAGUUCUCACCGUUGGCGAUUCUCAAUGGGAAUUUACUGGUUUUAUUGACAUCUACCAUGGCUUAGCACAGUCCUAAAGUCUUUCAAUGCUUUAAAGGCACACAGGAGAAGGUUUGCUUGGAGGAGAGAACCGCGCAAGGAAACAAAAUAUGAAGGGCCGUACUCUCUCUCUCCUCCUGCAAGUUUGGGUACUUUUGUCUGUACUGCCAAUGUUUAACUCAAGUGUAGUGACAGCAUAAUUCACAAUCUUAUUCAAACCAUUGGGCAUCUAUGACAAAAUUGGCCAUCGCCGUAUUGAUAUGUGUAGUAUGACUUAAUCCCUUUCUGCAUGCAGUUGUUGACCGAGCCAUUUUUCUAUACGACAGGUCCGAAACGGCGUAUAAAUAAUUACUAUCGUGGGCCUUGGCCCGUUAAAGGCCUGUCGAGGGAAGGGACGAGGAUGAUUCUGGUAACCUCAGCGUCGGUGACAUACCUACGUCACUCCGUCCACAACCUUCACACAAAAUCGUUACAAAUCCGGUGCCAGUUUCGCCGGAGUAGCCAAAUCCCCACCGUCGAUCUAUGCAAUCCACGGCAGACAAUGGACGGCUUCCAAAUACGAACACGAGACAGAUCCACUUUAUGCUUGGCUCGCCGGAAAGCAGAGGCGGCAACUGUUGAGGCUGAAGAUGAUCCUCUCCAGGGCAUCCUUCGGUAUCUACUGUGGACAGCUGAAGCCGUGUACAUACUAUGGCUCUUCCUUCUUCCUUAUGCUCCCGGCGAUCCAGUUUGGGCAAUUAGUUCAGAGACGGUGAACUCUCUCUUGGGACUUUCGUUGAACUUCUUCUUUAUCUUGCCUCUCACAAACUCAGAACAGUUGAUGGCUGAAGGGUUAUUCAACUUUGUAAUAGCUUGGACACUCAUGUUUGCUCCAUUGCUAUACACAGACCGAAAGAGAGAUCGAUUCAAAAGCUCUCUUGACGUCUUAUGGGGUCUCAUGAUGUUCCUCACAAACACGUUUCUGAUCCCAUACAUGGCCAUACGGCUCAAUGACGCUGACCCAGAUGAUAAACCGAGCAAAAGGUCUCAACUUGGCGAAGCAAUGACCAAAGGUGCGUCGGUAGUUGGUCUCACCGGUGUUACGGUGUGUCUGAUAUCGACACUGUGGUCUCUUUACGGCCGAGCAGAUGGAGGUUUCGGUGGAAUAAUGGAGAGAUGGCAGUAUCUGACUGGUUAUUUGGGAUCGGAGAGACUAGCUUACGCUUUUAUAUGGGAUAUAUGUCUAUACACAGUUUUUCAGCCAUGGUUGAUUGGAGAGAACCUUCAAAAUGUGAAGAAGAGUAAGGUUGAGAUAGUGAGUUAUCUUAGGUUUGUUCCUGUUCUUGGUUUGCUUGCAUAUCUUCUGUUUCUCAAUCUUGACGAUGAAGAUUAAAAUUAGUUAAAUAACUGUCAGGGUACAUGUUUAUGUAUGUAUAAAUAUUUAUUUAGUCAACGUACUUUAUCAAGUUUA